UACAACAUGCUGCAUGCGAAAUUCAUUGCAUCACUUAAAAGCAAGGACCUGAGUUUGUCACCUCCUCUGCCAAGCCUAUGGUUGGCCGAUGUGCAAAUCAACACAAUGGCUUCAGCAAACCUCCUAGCCAGGUUGUGUAUGGCAUGCUGUAACCAUUCACAGAACUACUCUUCCAGCUUUCUAUCGAUGACGCAAAGGUUUCCGGGAACUAUUUUGUUAAGAUGUGGCGAGAGAACAUUCAGCUCCAAAGAGGUGUUGCCAAGACUACAGGGGCGUCAAUGCCGAGAUGUCAUAGUCAACCACAACCAUCCUCAACUCAAGACUAUAACAAGCAGCAGAUGUUUUUCAAUUCUCUCGAAGUGUGCAAGAGUAGAAGCAAGAUGUUUACAGUCCAACAAUAAGAUAGUAGUUUCGCAGACAACGAGAGCGAAAUAUUCUCAAAGUGAUGACGAAGAAUCCCCUAUUGUCUUUGUAAGCAAGUCUUCUUCACUUAUUGGAAGGAAGACGUCGAGGAAACUGCAGAGCGUGGUGCCUACUGCUCCUGUUGUCUUGCGGUCAAGAACUAAGAAACCAACGAGGUUGGGUGUACGGGAAAAAAAGGAUUCGUGGCUCUGCACGGCUUUCUCAACGGCAGAGGAGUAUCAAUUGGAGCACCUCAGCCUUGACCUCCAGUCUCAGGGACCCUUCAAGCCGGUCACCAUGCCACAGGAUGCCCAAGACAUUCUUUUGAUGGAGGUCCUAUCUUCAGAUGCUGAUGAAGAUAAGACUGAACCGUCUCAGGUUUUCUUCUUCCGCGAAGGAUCUGUUGUAUUUUGGAAUGUUCCUGAUUCCAAGUUGAAGAAGAUUUUGCAGACGAUAAGCAAGCAUGAAUUCCGCCCUUAUGAGGUUGCCCUGGUGACGUGGGAAAAUGAACACAUCAACUUCACAUAUGGCAGUCAGGGUACUAAGCUGACAGAAGAUGCAUUCAUUCUGGAUGAGAAUAAAGACACAGAGGCUGUGACCCUGGAAAAAUUUGCCUUCUCCAACGCAAUGGCAUUAUCAGUAAAACUUAGCAUAUGGGAGGCAUAUGUUGACAAAUUUACAUCCUCUUUGGAGCACAUUCCUGAGGGUCUUAAGCGCGGACACCGCCUGAAGAUGUCCCGCGUUGAGGUGCUUCGUAAGACGGGAGAGCUGUUCUCCCUUAGACAUCAGAUCAAUCUCAGCUCGGAUCUUCUCAUCUCACCUGACUUCUACUGGGACAGGGACGGCUUGGAUGCACUGUAUAAUAAGACGUGUCAGUUCUACAGCAUCGGGAGAAGGACUAGGGUAACGAAUGAGAAACUCAACCACUGCUCAGAGCUUGUGGAACUCGUUAGGACUCAUCUGAGUGAGCAUCACUCAUUGAAACUGGAAUGGAUGAUCAUCCUUCUCAUUCUUGUUGAGGUUAUAUUUGAAGUGAUCCAUUACAUUCAGAGGUAUCUGGAGAAAGAGAGUCCGGCUCAUCCAGCAGAGAUUGCUAGUCGCAUUAAUAACCAAGCACUGGAUGGACGCAGGUGAUAUUCACAACAAGGUGAAGGGAAAACUACAACUGCUUUAAUUUGUUAUAGCCAAUAAAAUAGAUAUUGAUGAUUAGCUCUUGACAGGGGCUCACCCGAGUGAGCACUGCAGGGGUCAACCCAGGGAAGCUUAUUGAACGCACCCAUCGUACGCUGUAUGUUUUCCAGUAGUCUUCCCCAUGCACAAGCUAGUGUAUCGGGCUAUGCACGAAUUGCUUUGCUGAUACAUGCAAAUUAUAAAACAAAAUAUAUGAAAGUAUAUUGUAAAGCAAAUAAUCAAGAGAAAACCAUGAAUACAUGUACAUGUAGAAUGCUUCAGAUUGCACAGUCGGACUUUUAAAACCGAGAUAAACUACCAAUAGAAACAUUUGGAAGAUUUCAUUUCAACACAGCAUGCUUAGGCCAAACUUCAAAAUAUUGGGGUCCAUAAUGCCCCACAGUUUUUAAAAAUCCCGGGGAGAACCAUUAUAUUUAUGAAAGCGGCUUCUGAAUAAAAUAAAAUGUUAUGUUCACUCUGUGGAGGGGGUUAUAGCAAAUAUUUACUGUAGAAAAAAAACCAUGAUAAUAAGCAAUGAUUUCAGAUGGAUAGGUUUAUAUAACCAUGGAGGAAAAAAAGAGAAGUGGGUCCUGGGGUCGAUUUCACAAAGCUAUGAUUGAUCUUAACGUAUGAUGUCACAAUACAAAUCACUAUGGCGAUACUGACAUUACUCGUCUUUCAAUGAAUCGUAGUGCUUUGUGAAAUUGAGCCCCGGGCCCAAUUUAAUAAAUGAAAGAGCUACUUGGGUAGCUAUACAAAACAAAAUUAUGCUAGAAGGUUACCAGCCAAAAAUCCAUGCGACAUGUUCAGUUUCUGACUGGUAUCUUGCUAAUUUUGGCUAAGCAGAAAAAUAAACAAUAUGCUGCUUAGGCUCAGUUUAAGAAACACAAGCCUGAAGUGGGUGUUAAACUUGCAUGGUUCGAUUUCAAAGUGAGUUUCUAUUUUUGUAUGAGUUGCAAAGAAAUAAGAAUAAAAGAAAUGCUGCAAAAAACUG